CUCUCUCUACAAAUACAAAUCCCAUAACUCCAUUUCAAACACUCUCUCUCUCUUAAUUCUUUCCUUAAACUCGUCACUCAGUGACUCACUCGCAGCCAUUAAACCUUAACCCCCAAGAAUUUGUUCUCUCUACAAGAAUCUCUUUAUUUGAAGUUUUUUCUUUAACUGGGUCCCUGACUCUGUAAAUCCAGCAAAAAUCCAACUGGUUUUUGCCAUCAUUAAAUCUUAACCCACCACCAAACGUUCCCACACUCUUAAAAGCACCGCUCUUCCUUCUCUUUUCGUUAUUGUUUUGUUUUAAGUAUGGCUGAGAGUUUAGACGACGGUGAGUUUUGGCUGCCGCCGCAGUUCCUCACUGACGACGAUUUGUUCACCGACAAUGAAAAGAAUAACAAGAAUAAUAAUAACACGAAGACUGUGAAAGAUGGGUUUACUUUUGAAACUGAUGUUUUCAAGAAUUUCUUUCCGUUUGAGUUGGGUUCGUACGGGAUUUGCUCCGAUCUCAGCUCUCCGGUUGAGUCUGUUAUCAGUUCUUCUACUGACGAGAGUGACGAAGAAGACUAUAUCGCUGGGUUAACUUGCAAAAUGGCUCGCUCUAAACUUGAAACUCCUACUACUGAAACCGCCAAGGAAGCGGUUUUAUCUGGUUCACCUCAAUCAACUCUCUGCGGAGUUGGAAACGAUGGGUGCAGAUGUAGCCAAGGUUCAAGCCGUGGAAGCCCGAAUGGAGUCUCUAAAGUUUCGUCACCACCGCCGGCGACUUGGGAUUUACUGCAUGCAGCGGCUGGUGAAGUUGCGAAGAUUAGUUUGAAUCAACAACACCGCCAAGAAGAUGAACCCUAUUAUAAUAAUAAUAGUUUUUAUCAUGGCUUUAACAAAGCAAUCGUCGGUCCGCCGCGAAAACUCUCUCCGGUCACUGUUCCGGUCAAUAGCUCAAACCCUAAUUUUGUUGGCCUACAGAACACCACCCAGCCGCAUAAUUCAUUAUCUUACCAGAAGUUACAAGUAUCUCAAUUUCAGCAGAUGAGACAGCAACAAAUGAUGAAGCAGCAGCAACAGAGUGGUGGUAAUGUUUGUUGGGGAAGGCAAACACAAACAGUGGUCCACAGCAACAGAGGAAGAAACCAUGGAAGGUCUAUAGGUUUGUCUCCAUCUGCUUGGCCAACUAUACAGCAGGUUCAACAGCAACCACACAAUCAGAACAUGCGUGCUCUGUUUCUUGGAAAUCCUGCUGCCAAAAGGGAAUCCGUCGGCACCGGGGUUUUCUUGCCUCGUCGAAUCGGUACCCCCACCGAAUCUCGCAAGAAGCCAGCUUGUUCGACAGUUUUACUACCAGCAAGAGUUGUGCAAGCAUUGAAUUUGGAUUUGGACAAUUCGGGCGGUGUUCAGCCGCAAUUUCAGCCUCGUUUCACUCCAGCGGCAAGCGAUAAUGCAGCGAGGUUGCGUAACAGUAAUCAUGUUUCGAAUCAGAAGCGUACUCUUCGGCCACAACCAGAAAUCAACAAUGAAUUGAGGUUACCUCAGGAUUGGACUUACUGACCCGUGAUUUUGUUUUGGGUUACUACAGCCUUAUUAUUUUGUUCUUUGGUUAGAGUUUCUUAGGAAAGUGAAAGGAGAUUUGGAAGUUAAAAUUAGAAGAAAAAUAACAAGCAAAAUGAAAAAUGUUUGUAGUGUUUUUUUUAGUAUAAACACAUAUAGUGUUGUUGAAGCAAAGAAGAAAAGGUUUUUUGGGUUAGAAUUAGGGCAAAAUAAGUGUUUUGUUUUAGGGAAGAAAUAUUAUAAUAUGAUGCAGCAGCAGAAGCAGCAGCUAUGGUUCUUUUUGUUUGGCUAAAGGGAAAAAAAGUUGGGUGGUAAGGGAAAAAAAGAGAUUCUCUUGUUUUGUGUUUCUGAUUACAGGCAAUAUAUUUGAUUUUGGUAUGAUUAGAGAGUCUGUUAAUGAUAUCCAAUAGGGGAGAUUAGUGCCUUGUUUUGCAGGCAAUUAUCUUCUUGUUUCUGUAAUGGGUAUUUUUAUGCUUCAUUGCAAGCCCUAGCCACCCACUCCAAUGGCCAUCAAGUAUUGAAUAAAAUGAAAUUGGAUUUUGAUUUUA